CUCCUUCCAGAUUUUGUCCAGCAGCACUUGCCAAAUGAGGUCGGCUCACCUGCGAGUCGCCUGCACGUGUGGGUGGUUCGGGCAGUUCCACGACCGGAGCUUUUAGUCGCGCACAUCUCAUCCCACUGCUCCGGUCUUGCAGAAGAAACCUGCAAACUUUCCAUUUAAUACCUCUCACCACUCCAAAUCUUCCGCUCAGAGCCCAUUUUACUGCUGCUAUUCCUCUCCACCACCAUCAAUCACAUCAACACCGCCCAACAUGGCUCGCAAGUUUUUCGUCGGCGGCAACUUCAAGAUGAACGGUACCAUCGAGUCCGUCAAGUCGAUUGUCAAGAACCUCAACGAUGCCAAGCUGGACUCCAACGUUGAUGUGGUGAUCGCCCCUCCGGCGCUCUACCUGCUUCUCGUCCGCGAGCACCUCAAGCCCGGCCUCGAGGUGGCGGCGCAGAACGUGUUUGACAAGCCCAACGGCGCCUACACGGGCGAGAUCAGCGUGUCGCAGCUUAAGGACAGCAACAUCAACUGGACGAUUCUGGGCCACUCUGAGCGCCGGACCAUCCUGGGCGAGUCGGACGAGGUGGUGGCGUCCAAGACCAAGGUCGCUACCGAGGGUGGCAUCGGCGUCAUAUGGUGCUGCGGCGAGUCGCUCGAGGAGCGCGAGAGCGGCAAGACCAUCUCGGUUAUCGAGAAGCAGCUGGCUGCCGUCAGCGCCAAGAUCGGCGACUGGAGCAAGGUCGUCAUUGCCUACGAGCCCAUCUGGGCCAUCGGCACGGGCAAGGUCGCCACUGUACAGCAGGCCCAGGAGGUGCACGCCUCGAUCCGGUCCUGGCUCAAGGCCAACGUCAGCGAGGACGUGGCCAAGCAGACGCGGAUUCUCUACGGAGGAAGCGUCAACGGAAAGAACUGCAAGGAGUUAGCCAAGGAGGAGGAUAUCGACGGCUUCCUCGUCGGCGGUGCCAGCUUGAAGCCCGAGUUUGUCGACAUCAUCAACGCCAACUAGUAAAGCACCAUCCGAAAAUGGGCCAAGGCCGAAGCCGCCUAGGAUAAUGCCACGGGAUCUUGCAAACAAGAGGGAACAAUGGUCAAAAAAUUAUGGAUAGAGACGAGAAACGGAAUCAUUUGAUACA